AUGUAUGUGGAGACUGCUAAAGCAAACACACAAGAAAGCAAUGCUUGGAAAUUAAACUUUGAUGGAGCCUCAAAUGCUGUGGGUAAUGGGAUCGGGGCAGUCUUAGUUUCUCCAGACGGUGAUCAUUAUCCGUUCACUAGCAAAUUAGAUUUUGAUUACACAAAUAACAUGGCGGAAUAUGAAGCAUGUAUCAUGGGAAUCCGUGCGGCUAUAGAACACAAAAUCAAGCUCAAAGGCGAAUGGGAAACAAGAGACCCCAAGUUGAUUAGUUAUCAGAGGCUAGUUCUGGAAUUAAUUGAGGAGUUUGACGAUGUCACCUUUUUUUAUCUCCCACGAGAUGAGAAUCAGAUGGCUGACGCUUUAGCUACAUUGGCUUCCAUUAUCAAAGCAACGGAGAACAAUAAGAGAACGUUGAGAAGACUGGCUAUCGACUAUGUCUUAGAUGGAGAGAUCCUGUAUAGAAAAGGCAAGGAUCAGAUGCUACUAAGAUGCGUGGACUCUGUUGAGGCCAAACAAAUCCUGGAAGAGGUCCAUGAUGGUGUCUGUGGAACACAUGCCAAUGGUUUCACAAUGGGCAUGGACGUCAUUGGACCGAUAUCACCGAAGGCUUCAAACGGACAUCGUUUCAUCUUUGUAGUGAGUGACUACUUUACUAAGUGGGUAGAAGCUACUUCUUACGCCAGCAUCAUGAAAUCGGCAGUCAGUAAAUUCUUAAAAAAGGAGAUCAUAUGCCGGUACGGGAUACCCGAAAGGAUUAUAUUUGACAACGCAUUGAACUUGAAUAACAGCACAAUAGCAGAGGUCUGUAGUCAAUUUAAGAUCAAGCACCAUAACUCAUCGCCAUAUCGUCAAAAAAUGAAUGGCGCUGUGGAGGUAGCGAAUAAGAAUAUCAAGAAGAUUGUGGGGAAAAUGACUGAGACCUAUAGAGAUUGGCACGAGAAGUUACCGUUCGCCCUCUAUGCUUAUCGAACGUCUGUCAGGACUUCCACCGGGGCAACACCAUUCUCUUUGGUUUAUGGAAUGGAGGCGGUGCUACCAAUUGAGGUUGAAAUUCCCUCUCUUCGAGUUCUAUCAAAACUAAAGUUAGGCGAAGCAGAAUGGGUCAAAUUCUGA